UGGGCAAGUGAGAGCUUAUCGUUUUCUGUCAGUUUUUGGUUCGUCGUCGUCAGAAAAAAAGCGAUACUCGCGGAUGUUUAUUUGUGAUUGUUUGAAAAGUUGUUGGAUUUGUGGUGUGAAGCGAUAAUAUUCCUCAGCGUUGCUGACGCAAAACAGUUUUGGUACCGCUGGCCAAAAGUUCCCCAGAAUCGACGAGCAUUGUCCCAUCCGCACGCCCAUCCAAUUGGUCGCUCUUCAGAAUGGGUCCCACCAAGAUGACACCGGAGGAUCAGGCGUUCAACAUAACGUUUGUGGGCGAGGUGAAAAAGCAUCCGUGUCUGUUCGAUAGCAACAGCACCGAGUACAAGCAGGCCCCGGUCCAGGACAAGGCUUGGAUUGCCCUUUCGGCCAGCGUCGGCGAAAGUGUGGACAUGUGCAAAAAGCGUUGGCGAAACUUGCGGUGUUGCAUGACGCGGUACCUGAAAUCGGUCCGGGACAAUGUCGACAACAAUUCCAGCUUGCGUCGGAAACCCUAUUACCUGUACAAUCACAUGCAGUUCGUAAUUCCGUACUUGAAGAUGAAAGACGGCGAAACUACGGCGUACGAGUCGGAGGAUUCGAUCUGGAUCAAGAACCACAAUUCCGAUGAAAUUAUGAAAUCGGAAGAGAUUGGCGAAGAAGUGGCCGAAGAGGAGGAGGAGGACGAUCAUGAUAUCGAAUCGAUUGAUGUGCAGGAUGAGGAGCACCACCAGCAGAUCAAGCAGAGUAUAAUCCAGUCGAUCAAGAUACUUCCGAUGAAUCAGGAGAGCCAGGCGCAGGAAACGACCACCACGUACGAGAUCAUUGAAGCGACUCCCGCCAAACAGCCGCGCAUCGAAGCUAUCCAUCAGGUAAGAGAGAUUACUCCCGCGUCUGCUGCGCAACAUACUCAGCACCAGCCGACCCAGCACAUAAUCAAAUCCAAGGACGUCAGCUACAAGAACUUUACCUACGCAACGGUAGCCGCGCCUCAUCCUAGCGGAACCACCGUGUACACCUCGACGCCCACGAUCACCGGCCAGUAUACGCUCCAGCAGCAACAGACGCCCAGCCCUAGCUCCAGUACCUCGAACCUACAUCGCCAGCAGAACCACUCGCCGCAGCAGGUCAACAUGAGCGGGGCCACCGAUGCGGACAAUAACUUCUUCAAGAGUCUCAUUCCCGACAUCCAGUCGAUGGACAUGCACCAGAAGCGAAAGCUCAAGAUCGGCAUUCUGCGGUUGAUCGAUGAGAUCCUUAGCACCUCGUAGAUGUAACUCCCUGGAAUGAAGCGGAAUUGCAUCCUCCGCUUAUUGUGUAAUUAUCGUCGGCUAGACGUGGAGAGCGUUAGUUUUAUGUAAGCUCAUCUUCAGUUUCGUGCUCUGGUAGUAUACAGAUUGUAGGCCCUAUUACAUUGGCGCCAAUUUUAAUAUUUCCUUUCAUUGAUCGGUUCACUGAAAGUCUAGUAGAAUGUAGAAUAUUGGCAGAUUCUAACGAAAACUUAUCAUUUCUUUGAUGGAAAGAAGCAUCUCGAUCGAUUAUAUCAUCGUGUACAAGUGUAGUUUUAAUUGAUGUAUGGUAAAUAAAGUAUUGACCUUAACAAUAAAAAGUUUAAA